CGGACCGGGCGGCGGCGGCUCCUCCCCCGGCUCGGGGCAGCCCACGUGGCCCGGCUAAGAUGGCGUCUCCCUUGGCAGCCCAGGCUGGGAGCGCGCUGCGGGGGCUGGCCCGCCGCUCCGCCCUGCUGAGGGGCAGUGUCCCGGCUGUUCAAUUAACCCCGAAACGAUGGCUGAACCUGCAGGAAUACCAGAGUAAAAAACUGAUGGCAGACCAUGGGGUUACAGUUCAGAGAUUCUUCGUGGCUGACUCUGCGAAUGAUGCCCUGGAGGCUGCUAAGAGACUAAAGGCAACAGAAAUCGUUCUAAAGGCUCAAAUCCUAGCUGGAGGGAGAGGAAAAGGUGUUUUCAAUAGUGGAUUGAAAGGAGGGGUCCAUCUAACUAAAGACCCGAAGGUUGUUGGGCAGCUUGCUGAACAGAUGAUUGGGUACAAUCUUGCAACAAAACAAACUCCAAAGGAUGGCGUUAAAGUUAAGAAAGUGAUGGUUGCAGAAGCAUUGGAUAUUUCGAGGGAAACCUACUUUGCAAUUUUGAUGGACAGAGCUUGCAAUGGACCUGUUAUGGUUGGCAGCCCACAGGGGGGUGUUGACAUAGAAGAAGUGGCGGCUUCUAGCCCGGAACUUAUCUUUAAGGAGGAAAUAGAUAUUUUUGAAGGUGUAAAGGACAACCAAGCAUUGCAGAUGGCAAAAAAUUUAGGAUUCAAAGGACCUUUGCAACAGCAGGCAGCAGAUCAAAUUAAGAAGCUGUACAACCUUUUCCUGAAAAUUGAUGCUACUCAGGUUGAAGUGAAUCCAUUUGGUGAAACUCCAGAAGGACAAGUUGUUUGCUUUGAUGCCAAGAUAAACUUUGACGACAAUGCUGAGUUUAGGCAAAAAGAGAUAUUUGCCAUGGAUGACAAGUCUGAGAAUGAGCCUAUGGAAAAUGAAGCUGCCAAAUAUGACUUAAAGUACAUAGGACUGGAUGGGAACAUUGCUUGCUUUGUGAAUGGAGCUGGUCUUGCUAUGGCAACCUGUGAUAUCAUUUCCCUUAAUGGUGGAAAGCCAGCCAACUUCCUGGAUCUUGGUGGAGGUGUGAAGGAAGCACAAGUCUAUCAGGCAUUCAAAUUGCUCACUGCUGAUCCUAAGGUUGAAGCAAUACUGGUCAACAUUUUUGGUGGUAUUGUGAACUGCGCCAUUAUAGCAAAUGGCAUUACCAAAGCCUGUCGAGAGCUUGAACUGAAGGUGCCUCUGGUUGUCAGACUUGAAGGAACGAAUGUUCAUGAGGCCCAGCGCAUUCUGAAUGAAAGCGGGUUACCAAUCACCUCUGCAAGGGACCUUGAGGAUGCAGCAAAGAAAGCAGUGGCUAGUGUGGAAAACAAAUGACUCCUUGAAGAUAUUUGCCUGCAGAGGGUCUGUGAUUCACAAAAGUGACCUUCACAUUCUUGUUGCAGAGAGAAUUAUUAGGGUUCGUUAAAGCAGUCAUCAGUAUUGUUGAACUUACCUAUCUGACAUAUGCAGAGGGUACCAAAAUUAGUGAAUCCUCAAUCUGCAUAUUUCUGGAUUGAGAAAUACAUUAAUUAACAUUUAAUUCCACAAAGUUCCUGGGGUUUUUCCAAAAUAAUGUAGUUGAUGGGUUUGUGAAUGAGGUAUAGUCAGUAACUUACUGAUUCCUGUCAAUAGGGUUGUUCCCUAAUCCAACAAAUACUGUUUGCACAUUUUUUUGGAAAAACAUUUUAGUUCAUUUUUCAUGUCCUAAAGAGUCAGCAGGCAAAAGUAAAUCCUAAUAAUUGAUGUAUUUUUAUGAAUUUUUACAAUAACAAUCAAAAAAAAUCUGCUUACAAUAAAUAUAUUUUUCCAGAUGUAUAGGAUUUGUUUUCUUCCUUAGAUAAUUUGUGGUGUAUCACACUCCAUGCCUUAACAUAUCAUCUUUGUAUUCAAAUAUAAAAAGUAUACCUCACAUUGGGAAGAAAAAUUGAAUAUAUUAUUUGUGGUAGUGAAAGGACCUUCCAUUCUUAUACUGUACCAGUAAACAGAUGAAAUGUGAUUCAGCUGAUUGUGCUGGCCAUUGGACAUGAAAUUAAGUAUAGUCCUUCCAAAUGUAACAGUGACCUACAGUGUCUAUGGGUGUAUGUAUGCAGUUAAUCUAAUGGCUGCCAACUUUUCAAAAUAAACUCUUUAAGUAAUAGGAGGUAUUGCAGUUCUGAAUAUUCAGUAUAAUGUAUGAAUCAAUAGCAGCACUAUGUGAGUAAUAAGAAAAAAAAUUUCUCAAAAUAGUCAUUUUAUUUCCAAAAAAGAAUUUUGAUUUGCUGUUUUAAAAAAAAAAGAAAAAAAAAAACUUUUCUUGUUCAGUUUUCACAAACAUUUGAAUGCUCAAGCUUUAGUGAUGCAAAUACUUUAGACAAGCAAAUUCUAAGUUGCAGUACUUGAAUAUCCACUAAAAAUCCUAUUUUGAUUGUGUAGUCAUUUGUACUGUUAUAAUAAUUCAAGCUGUUGAUUAUUUACACAAAUCAUUCAAUCAGGGAACAGAAGACACUAUCAUGUGGCUUGAGUAACUAACCAAUGCAGUACACAUUGCAGACCACAAACUGUUUGCUGAAAUUUGUGAAUAAUUUUGAGUAAUGUACCAAUGAGAGCAUGUCAUGAUCUGUUUCUGAACAAUUUGUAAAUGGGGGAAAAGGUAAAAUUUGUCUAAUAAAUUAUUCAUUGUGAAUUAUUUGCUCCGCUCUAAUCAACACUCUGCUUUAUUUGGGGAAAGAAAUACUUUGUCAUUUAAAUUUGUGUUGACAUUUCCAUGACAACAUUUAUAUUCAGAAAUGAUUUUUUUAUUAAUCUAUGUAGAUCUACAAGUAUAGCUAGAUUCUGCAAUUACCUAAUUCCUCUUCCUUCAGCCUGUUGCCCAAGGAAAAAAAUAUGUCAUCAUUAAAAUAGUGAUAGACAUACUAGUGUGAGUUACUGUCCAUAUAAGAAAAUUACUAAUUCAAUUAAAGAUAAUAAGUAUAUGAUUCAUUUAAUGAGGAUCUGGUAAAUGAUUGUACGGUGGGCUACUUAAAAAAGAAAAAAA